CACAGAAGACAACAUGGCGGACCCGAAAUACGAAAAUUUGCCGGGAAUCGAUAAUCAACCUGAUGUUUAUGAGACAAAUGAUUUACCAGAAGAUGACCAAGCAAAACACAAACCAGAUGAGUUACAUAGUGAAAGUGUUGAGCCACUUGAGAUUGACACAAAAGAUGCCUUCAAUAGAUUCAAAGAAAAAACAUUGAUGGCUGGAAGUCUUGACUUUUCAGAUCGUAUUACACAAACAAGAAGAACUGGGUAUGUAGCACCCAAAACAGAGUAUGAACUGGCCGAAGAGGGUGUCGGAAAGGAAACCCCUUUACAGAAAUUCCAACGGCUUCAGCAUGAAAUGCGUGAACUUGAAGAGGAAGUCCAACAGCUCCAGAAGACUGCCAAACAGGAGAAAGAUCUUGCUGGUCUCUCUCCAGUCACCCUGCAGGAGCAGGUUAAAGGGAUGCAAGAGCAACUGAGUGGUCUUCACCUAGAAAACAUCCUGGGCAAGGAUGCCAUCAUGGAUAUUGGCGAUCCACAGGGCAACCUUCCGAAAAAACUUAUGUCACAAUUGGAAACAUACAAGAAAUUGGAUGUCAGUAAGGGAGCCAAGAGUCCACCUAAAGGUCAGCCAACUGUCGAUGGUCAUGUGACCUAUGAACUUUACUACAAGGCUGAGCAAGUUAAAUAUAGCCAAGCUUCAAAGGUGACAGAUUUAGAGCAAAGAAUCGCAAGACUGGAGGCCAGUAUAGGAACAGAUCCACAGAAACUGUCAGCACUAACUGCAGAAACUGCCUCCAAGACCCUUACUGAAACAGUAGGCAUCCUGCAGGAGAAGCUUAGUAUUUUAGAACCAAUUCAAGUAGACCACGUAGACGCCAGGCUACAGAGUAUACUCAUGCGCCUCAACCAGGCUAAGGAUAAAAAGAGGGCGCUAGAUGAUGCCGACAAAGAUAAAAAGAUUUCAGAAUUAUACGACAUGGUGGAAAAGUGGAAUGGCGUUGCAGAUACUCUUCCAAAGGUUGUGGAGCGGUUACGGGCAUUGAAAGUACUUCAUGAGCAAGCAUUGCAAUUUAGUCAGGCGAUGACACAUCUCGAUGUAACUCAACAACGCAUUUCAACCAGUCUUCAAAAUCAACAGACUUUACUCAAAGAACUUCAAAACUCAUUUGCAUCCAAUAUGGCUGCCAUACAAAGCAAUUGCAAAAGCAUUGAUGCCCGAUUGCAGAAGUUGAAGAAAUGAGCAGUUUUCCAAAUGGUUGCUAUUGAUAAUAUAACCUAUAUCAUGAAGGAAUGAGUGUAUCUCCAUGGAUAUUCCGUACUAUAUCUGCUAAUAUUAUGUUUUUGUGAACGUCAGAAAUCACCACAAGAGUUGGUGAUUUCAAUAACAUGUACUGUCCCCUAUGAGUUAUAUUAUAAAUAUAUAUUUAUUUGUUAUUCUUAUAUUGAAUCUCUUAAUAGAUUUUUUUGUUAUAGCAUUCUAAUUAGAUUAACAAUUUAAUUGUUUUUCAACAUGUGCUAGAUAUUGGUAUCAGCAUUUUGCGACAUAGUGUUUCUUGCCAACACAAAAUGAGCCAUAUAUAAAACAGUUGAUGUUUUGGGAAUUUACAGAAUACUGUAUAUCUUUAUAAGCUUUCCAACAAAUUUUGCUACCAGGAAAUUAUCUUCAAUUAUGUAACUUGCAUUAUUUUCAGUUAUUUUCAUGGUUACAAGACCAUUGUGUUAGUAUAAAGCAUUGGUAUUCUGAUGGUUUCAAAUCUUUUUCUGCACCUUUUAUUAAUAAUUUAUUAUUUUAACUUAAAAUUGUACUUAGUGUAGAGAGUUUGAAUAAUAAUGCUUAUGAGAACUUAUUUGAACCUAAUAAUGUAUGACCUUGGAAUGAGUUGUCAUUAGUGAAGAGCUUUAUAUUUGUUAAGUCUAUUCCAACAGGUAAUCAUGUUGAAAGUCCAGUGGUACAUUUAUGAAGAUUUUAUAUGCGGCAAUUUUAUCAGUUGUCCAAUAUCAAACUUUUUAUUGCAAUAUAAUAUGACAUUUACCAUUAAUUAUACAAGUAGUAAAGCACAAGUGUUAAAAUAUUCUGAAAUUUAGAACUUCAACUAUAGUUAGCUGAGAAAAACGAGUUUAAGAAAUAUAUAUAGUAAAGUUUGAGUGGUACAACUUUUAGCACUAUAAAGGUGGUAGGGGGGUUUUAAAAUUAUUAACAUAGUUGAUAGGCAUGUAGAGAACUUGCCCCGUUUGUCAUCUGCCUUCAUUUACAAAAGGAACUGAUCAUAUUUUUUAGUUGUAUGAUUAUAUUACUGGCACUAAGUUUAAUACUCCAUUGAUUUUGGAUAUGUACCUUCAGUUUGUAUUUCAUUCAAUGCAUAAUUUUCGUCAAAACCAGUCAUUCUUGGACUCAAUGUUGCAGAAUUUUUUGUGGAGUAAAAUCAUCCCACCCCCAGAUCAAAAAUCUUUGUGUGCUUUUAAGUGUCAAUAAACUGUAUAUUAAUGAGAA